AUGUCUAAAAGAUCUUACUAUCCGCAACAACACGGAGAAAGAAAAAAAGCUAAAUUGAACGUAACAAUAUCAGACCAUAACUUCCCAUUGAGUCAAAAUAAUGAUAAACUCAAAAAUGACAACCAUGCAGCAAAUUGGGGAGAUGAUAACGACGAUGAAAUAUUACUAUUAGCCAGCCAAGCCUGCGAAGUAUCUAUACUACGCACUCAGCUCAAAACAAGUCAGGCCGCUGCUGAUAAUGCGCGCUUAGAGAAAAUCAAGGUGCAGGAGAGGGUGCAAAUGGAAUGGACUGACAAAUUAACUGCUGCCAACAACCAGUUGCAAGAUUUAAUGACACAGUUGGAUUUUAAGAAUCUGGAAAUAACAAGUAUCAAAGAGAAAUGCAGGAUGCUGGAAUCAUCAAAAGUGAAACUGACACAAGUGACCGUAGCUAAAAAUGAUAUUACAACAAGUCAUAAACAUAAUAGCAGUAUUGCAUAUAGCAGGGAUGGUGAUUCAACAUCAUCCCUGCGUUUAAAAAAAUUGAAUAGUGCAUCUAAACAUAUUCAGACUGAAAAUCAAAAUAAAGCAUAUUAUUAUCAAGUGAAUUUAGUUUGGAGAAGUGAACAAAAGAAAUUAAUUCAAAUCCUACCCCUCACUAUAGAACCCACCAUAGAUCAACAUUCCCUAUUAGAUUAUAAUGAGAAACUGCAAAGGACUGCAGACAUUCCGAAUGGCUGCAAAGUUUUCAGCACCUUUCAUAGGAUACCGAACACUCCAAAUGUAACUAAAACAGGCACCACAAAGAAAGUUUCAUUGAAUGACAUCCAUGAGGAUUUGGCAAUUAUAGCAGCAGACCGAGGAACGCAAGAAGGUAUACAGAGUUAUUUAAAUGUUUUUAAAGUAACAAGAUCUGCUUUAAAGGAAGUUGAAGGUGAAAUCGAGACAUUGGCUUUUCGGACAACAACCGCCUUCCAUAGGGAAAUGGACGAGAAGUACAUUGAGGCCACGUCGAAUUUCAACGUCGUGUCCGACGAAGAUUUAAUUAGAGGAAAACCGCUGUACAGAGAGGAGCAAGCAAUAACGGCAAGGAGAGUUGUAGCAACAAUGUCUCACGUUCUAGAAAAUUCUAGAGCAGCGGAGAUAUUAAGCGAACAGGAACAUAAUAUCACUUCAUCCAGUCAAAAUUAUUCCUUCAUCGAAAUUAUUACCAGUAUAUGUGUUUUAAUUGAUAAAACGUCAUGCGCGGUACUCUACAGUGGGCUGCUGACGUCUCUGCUAAAGCUGUUGGAUAGAUUUCUGAGCUGGAUGCAUACGAAAAGCGGCCUUAUACUCGAGGCGAUAAAAUCGACAGUCAAGGCCAGGCCGAUGCUGCCCGUGGCAUGCGAGGCCUUGCGGCUGCUGAGGAGGGUGGCAACGUCCAGGGUCAGCCCUUCGGGGGAGCCCCCUAAGGUCAACCUCUUGCAGGGUUUCUGCAGCGGAACCCACUCGGGUGACCUCAGGCUGGACUACGAGCAAGGCGUCCUCCUCUAUAAGAACGAUUCCUGCUUCCUGCAAGUGCUGAUGAAGCAAAUAGAGUCUGCUUUAAGGUGUAUCGAAAGGCAGAAGUUGAAAGAGCAAGCUGUCACUCUUACUAGGGAUCUGGUCCUCUUCUGUGCCGACCUUAACGUGAACUCGACCGACGGACAGGAGAAGUCGAGGUGCGGCUGCUGGCGAGCGCUGUUGCAGGUGGCAGUCGCGGCGCUUCGCCUGUGUGCUAUAUUUGCCACAACUGCCACGCGUGGCCAGCAGCAACAGUCGGCCUCUGACACGGAUUCGAAGCUGCUAUCUGUGUGCCGCGGCGGGUUGCAGCUGCUGUACCAGUGCGCGCUCCGCGACACGGAGCUUUGCCCACUGCUGGGCUACAACGAGGGACACCUCAUCGAGUUUUGUGAAAUUCUACGUACCUUCCCACUCGACGAAUUACAUAGCAAUAUGGUGGCAGAAGUUGCAAGCGCGUGGCAGACGGCCGAGGGCUCCUCGGGGCAUGAAGGAGAGGCGGGGGGCUGCGCCACCUCGCCUCGAAGACAACCCUGGCUGAGCAGCUUCCACACAUUUCUGGCUGCCGAU